AUGGCCAAGGGUAGCACCAGAGACAAACACUCAAAAGAAGAAUCUUCUUUCCAUAACUCAACAUAUCCUAGCGGCAGAAAAAGUUGGUGUCAUGCUAAGUUAGAUCUAAAAAAAUCUGAAGAACGAGUUUUUACCACUUACUAUCGAAAUAAAAUGGCAAUCGAGUCAAGAGAGCUUUACUUGAUAAAUGAUCACAACGAAGACGAUUUCGAAGAAGCAUUUAAUUGCAUUGCCAUUAACUUUCAGUCGGGAGCUACCAGUUCAUUUUUACAAGUUUGUACAAUAAGUUUGAAAAGCAGCUCCAAAAUGUGCUUCUGCUAUGGAUAUACAAGAACUUUUAGCAACCCACCAAUAAUCUUGAGCUGUCAAAAUUCUGGUAACACUGAAUUAGUAGUAAUUUCGAAAAGUAAAUCUUUUGAUAUGAAAAAUCGUUUUAGAACUCGAUUAAUCCAAAGUCAUGUAGCUCUUUUAAAAAGUAGAUGA